AGCAUGUUUUCUUUUUUUUGUGGGGGGGGCAGAGCUUUGUGACGUCAUAUUUGAGGGGGGGUCUGACUUUUUUGACAAAGGGGGGAGCGGGUCAGAAAUCGUCCAAAAUCGCGUGACGUCAUUUAUGGACGGCCUCUUAGGGUCCAUAAACCCGCAGUACUAAUCAGGUCGGCCGCUGGAUUCGAGAGUGUGAACCCACUGCAACGCGCAGGGCAAUGCCACCGCCCCGAACGCCGCUCCACCUUCGAACCUGGUGACGUGAAGUUCGACUCCGAAGCCGGAGGAUAACAAGCACCUGAUUCGGAGCUCCUCCACCGAACACACACUUGACCAGCAAAGACGGCGCGGUCAAAUCAGGAAGCCCCCAUUGCUCAAUAAGUGCACGGGACACCGUUAUCACAGUUCCUGAAUGAGCCCCCCCAGCUCGUGGAGCGAAACGUCAGACACCGUGCCAAACAACGCACAGCGAGAAGAAGAAUCAACAACACGGCCGCCGGUUUCCCCCAAUGACGUUGGCAUUUUCCCGUCUGCACGACUCAUCAUCCUCCUCCUCCUCCUCCCUUGCACAAUUUCCUCUCUCUCUCUCUCUCGUCUGGUCUCGGUCGUAAAAUCUGACGCCCGGGUGACUUUACACGCGGAUGACAGAGAGAAGAGAGAGGGGAGAACGGACGGACGGACGCCACCAAACUUCGCAUUCCACCCCCACGAACCCCACCCGCACCGGGAUCAAACGGGAGAAGACGGGGGGGGCGGGGGCUCAAACACACCGCACCACACACAGACACCUCUCUUCCUUUGUGCUUAUUGGGUCGUGGUGGGUGUGAUCACGGGGUCGAGAGACACUUCUUGACACGCGAUGGGUGGCGGCGUGGGCCCUGCCCGAGAUUUAAAAGACAAGGUUUGGGGGGGGGGCGGUCAGGCUCUUGAGGCUGCAAGGAGGUCGUUGUCCGUUCCGUCGUCACUCAGAGACACGUGUCUGCCGUAGGUGCCACAAACACGUGCUGGUGGUGGGUGGUGGUGGGUGGUGGCGGCACCAGCACGCGGUAGACUACAGAGACAUCGCGCAGCUUGUCGACAAUCAUCUCGGCGAAGAAAGACAGGCAGGGUGGUGGGAUGAGGGUGGAGUGACGAGAAACAAGCAGAACUCAACAUUGAAAUUGUUUUAAAACAGAAUGUUACUUUUGCUUAAUUGCGUGCUGUUCGUGCGGUAGUUGCAUUGAGCGAAACUUUUGUUGUCGGAGGGAACGAGAAGGAAUGAAGCAAAGGCGCCAAUGGAUGUAGCUCACGGCAGAUGUCCACGUCUAUCACCUGGGUGCGAACAUGUGUCCCGACGACACCUCGAGCCUACGACCAUGCUGCUGGUAAUUGCCAUCAUCUGCUUGGCUCUUGCCCAGGCAGACUCCUCCACCGAGCAGCAGCAGCAGCAGCAGCAGCGGCACCACCACGGCGCAACCCGGGGUCCAACCGGCACCACCAGCCUCGAUGCCGGUGUCCCGCGGGUCGAGCAGAAGGAGGAGGAGGAGAAGCGACACCGGUUCGCGAGAGACGGCGGCCGUGCCUACGAUCUGCUGCCCGUCUACGAGCACCUGGGCGGAGCGCCACGGCGUCGGAAGCUGUUCUGUGCCACCAGGUUCCACGUGCAGAUCCACCCGAGCGGAGAUGUGGACGGCACCCUGGACAGGAACAGCGUGUUGAGUAUACUGGAGAUCACAUCGGUGGACGUGGGAGUUGUGGCCAUAAAGGGGCUCCUCGCUGGUCGCUUUCUCGCCAUGAACAGCAAGGGACGGCUCUACGCUUCGGCGUCGUUCGGCCCGGAGUGCGAGUUCACGGAGCGCAUCAACGCCCUGGGAUACAACACGUACGCGUCGCGCGCCUUCGGUGGCAACGGCGACGAGGGCACCGGUGCCGGCGGGCAGACCGGCGCACGGCGGCCCUGGUACGUGACCAUCAACGGCAAGGGCCGGCCGCGGCGGGGCUUCAAGACGCACGCCGUGCAGGUGGCCGCCCUCUUCCUCCCGCGCAUCCUCGACGCCACCGACCGCGAGCUGCUGCGCCUGCUGCUGCUGCUGGCGGCCGGCCACGGCCCCGGGCGGCUGCCGGAGCUGGGCUAAGCGGGUCAAAGCGGCGACGAGCCGAGAGGGCCCUCUGGCGUUUGCGGCUGUCCCAAAGUGCCCCCCGGCGCCUUUUUCCUUUUCUUCCUUCCUUCAGCUUGGAGUCUCUCUUUGUUUUUGUUUUGUUUGAUAGCUCUCGAAUCGCGCUGCCGUUUGGCGAGAUUUUUCACGAGGUGAAGACGCGCGCCGCCGUUGUGGGAAUCCGUGCGGCGAGAGGUCGAACGUCGCGUCAACGACGGAGAAGAUGGUGACCCGAGAGUGACUUGCCAAGUCGCUGCAAGCGGCCUCUCACCCAGCACGGCGCGAAAGCUCCUUGGGCCUCGAGACUUACGCAGCUCUUGCCCUUGCAGCGGUGGGCACGGGACGGUUUUAGCCGGCGGCGAUAGCCAGGGUCACAGCACGAGAAUCCACAAUGAACGGGCAGCACCGACAUAAGUCAACGCAGAGGCCAAUAACCAUAUCCCCAAUAUUCUAUCCGACUGUAGUACCUACCGCCCACCAACUUACCCAGAAUUUGGGCCGACCUCACCAGUUCUCAGACGCUAAGCAGGAGGGUUGGGCUUCGACGGCGUUUGAAUGGACGACGACCGCGCAGGACACACGUGGUGCAGGCUGCUGCAAGGUGGGCAGCAAAACCCAUUGUUGUGCUGUACUAUGCUCCUACGUCUAUGCUGGCCCGCCUUCAGCAACCCGCACUGACACAGGGUUUGGUAAAGUAUGGUCAACCAAUAAAUAAGGUCACCACACGCACGCCCUGCCCUCAACAUGGACCUCCCGAUAGGGGGCCCAGCGCGCCACCGCCGCGCCCGGUGAUCGUGCCCCUGGCUCUGGUCGGAGAGUCGUCAAAUGAGCGCCAGAUCGGGGAAGUCGGUGACAUCCAUGGACAUUUAAUGACGUCGAUCGAUCGAUCAAUCGGAUUUUAAUUGGAUUUCUUGCUGCGUUUGCAGCCCAGGCCGCUGUUUCUGCCGCGGUUCAAGAGAACACCGUUCCAGACUCAAGCGUUGCCGCUCGUUCUCUCCCGGCUCUUGGCUGCGGACUUCGUGACGCCGCUUGGCCAGGAGUCCAGCGGUGCUGCGUGGAGAACAGUGGCACGAAGUGUUACAAGGGGAAGUGAUCUAAUUCACUCUGUGAACAAGACGCGGAGGAGAAGGAGGCUCUCAGUGAGAAAAGAUCAACUACUGCAUCAUUAAAAGUAAUAAUAAUAUAUAAAUACUGUAAAGACUUUCAUGUUGCUGACCAGUUACACGGUACAAGUUUACGAGCCAAUGACUGCGUUUUUUCCAGGCACAAACACACACCCCGCGAACUCAUCACGAGACUCACUUUGUUCGUACAAAGUGGCCCCGGAAUUGAAAAUGCCGCGCGCGUGGCUAAAUUGACACCCUUCCCAUGGGAAUGUGGAAUUUCCACCACUGCACCAGUGCCGCCAAUGCGUGCGAGAACUGCACCCACCCACGCUCGUGCCAGACCCUGCGAGCGACGAUUUGCUUCGCCGUCACGCCAGCCCGAUGAUGAACCUUCCGUGGCUGCUGUGCGCGCAUUUCACAAGGGCCACCUUGGGGGCCACCUGGUGCAAGUGGCUUAAGCCACCUUGGCCACAACGCGAUGUGCCCAGCGCACGCUCACUCUGCGCAAGGAUUCACCCGUCGGGAAUGUAUUGGACUGGUAGUGUGUUGUAGGGAGGGUGACAUCACUUUUGAGAUAGAGCCAAGAGCUUGACAUUGAACAGUGGGGGUCAGUGUCCAGGCAUGAGUCACAUUUGGGAUGAGGCUUCUGCUUGUUAACGCUGUUAUUUAUUACGUAGCCAACUGAGGGUCAGAGAGCUGGGACUCUAAGAGGGAGCGACAAGACAAGAAGCUCCUAGGACUUUUGAGUAGAGGUGCGCACAGAUGAUGCCAGGAGUCUCAACAACAUCAACGGGUAAGCAACUUGGAAGUUCAGAAUAUAAUUGGGUAGGCAAGCAUUGUUGGCUUAUUCAAGAAGAGAAUGCUGCGAUUGGGUGGAAUGUGCGUGCAGCCGGUGGAGGGCAGGUCACCGAGACGAGCACUGGAGUCGCAUCCAGAGCUCUGAGACGAAGGGGAGGAAAUAAAAUCAGAUCUUGGUGGUGGUGGUGGUGAGGCCUUAAGAGCAACGGGUGUGUGAUUCGCACCUCCGAUUAGCACGGUUGACUACGUACGGCGCGAAAGAAGUUCAACAUACGUGCAUCUGGCAGAAGGAAGGAAGCGACGGCGAGGUGCGGCGACGGCAACAAUGACGGUAUUAGCCACGAUGACCUCCUGACCUCGUCGGAUAGAAGUUACGUUUUGAAUGUACUGGCGGGGGCAAUGACACAGAAUGUGCUGCACUGUCUCCACGUGUGUGGCUUGAGUCCUCGUGUCCAGAGGGCAUCAAUCGACCCAGAGUGAUGCCAUUGUUAUUUAAAAAUGAAUUUCGAACACACAGAGUGCAAACCCCUUUGUCAAACCUCCGCUUGACGAAGAUCUAGAUUUGAAGUUGUCGU